CUCUGAUCUGGUCCUCUGGCCUGGUCCUCGCCCGCUGCUCCUCACCCGCGCCCGCUUGGCGUGUCGCCGCUGCAAUGGCGAAUCCGAUGGAGACCUUCCAGCGAUUGAAGCAACCCUGCAUCCAAGUCCUCCACGCAACAUCGGCCUUGGCUCAGGCGCCGGAUGCCAAGCGCCGCCUGGUCCACGCACUCGCCAGCUUGCUCCACACGCUCACUGCCGUCGCUUCGCAGCCUGGCGCACUCGACCCCAAGCUGGCCGAGUAUGCUUUCGUCCCGGUGUCCCAGGUGCUCAGGCUGUCGCGACAGGUUCCCGUGCGUGCUCUUGAGCUCUGCCUGGAAUGCGUCUCGGUGCUCUUGCGUUCGGGCUGGGGCGGUGGGCUUGAGCCUGCUCUCUCUGGCCAGCUUCUAAUCCUGUUUACCUUCUUGGCCAAGCCUUCCUCAGCCGAGAACGGUAUCGCUGCAACAUCCGAGGAGCUGCAAGCACACGCCUUCACAUGCAUACGCGAGCUCUUCACCCAAGUGUCCCACUCAAAGUCCGCCAAAGACGCUCUUGUUGCCACCAACAACAUCCCGGCCCUAGGGGAAGCUGUUCUGAUCACAUUAGAAAGUCUGGCUGAGAGUAAAUCGAACACCAUCAAGCUUGCAGCCGUCGACGUCAUCAAAAGCCUGAUCCCCGCAGUUGUUGAUGAUGAUGCUCUUGCCAGCUUCUUCCCCAAGAUGGUGUCUUCGCUCACUAGAAUCUUGACUCCUGGCAGCUCCAACAAGGCCGGAUACCGUGUCAUUGAGCAGGGCCUCCAAGUCAUGACUUCACUUCUCUCACGCAUGCUGAACGAUGAUAUUACCAAAGACCUUCGAGAUGCAACUACCACGAGUGAUUCAAAUGACACCAAGCAAACGUUGCGUACCAUGUCUUGGCUACAGGCCACCGCUUCUCAAAUCAAGAUUGCUCUGGCCAACGUUUACAAGAUGCGCAGUCACGACAAGCCCGAAGUUCGUAGGGCCCUCCUUAAGCUUUGUUUGUGCGUUAUACAGGACUGCCGAAUAUCGCUCUCGGAUAGUACUAGCAUGAGCAUCGAAACAGUUCUUAGUCUCAUCGGUCGAGAUAGCGCACACGAUGACAUUGAGAAUGAAUUGAGAAACACUUUAUCUGCAGACCAGAAACUCGUUGGCCUACUGCGCGAGAGCCUUCACGACUGGGUCGUCUCCUUUCCCCGUGUCAUGCGCUCACCAGAUGACAACAAACGCCGUCUCAUCAUACACCAGAUGUCGGUAGCGUUGCGUUUACUAGGACAAGACCCCGCAGUCAUUGACGACCGAUUGGCUGACGGCUUGAGAGAUGGAGUAUCUGCAGUUCUGGCGGACUCGAAAGGCUUGGAAGAGGUCAGCCGUAUAGCGGUAGAGGCGUCAUUGGAGACAAGUCUCACGUUGGGGCCGAGCAGGCAGUCAUCGUUCCAACCCUUACAGCUACAGCUCAAGGGUCAACAAGAUCUCAUGGCCGAAUUCAGAUUGCUUUUGUCACAUCUUGCCAAGACAGAAUCUGCACUAAACAUCGCGCGAGACCUCAUCCACACUGUCAGCCAGGGCACGCGAGAGAUGCAGCUGGCGAGCUACUGGAUUUCCGUUAGCAUACUUCGGGAAACCACUGCGGCGCAGUCUUUGGAUGACUUUAUCGACGUUGGGUCAAUAAAUCCACGGGAAGAACUCCUAGACGACCUAUAUUCACACUCUAUCGAAAUUUUGACAGAUCAAGACACUGAUGUGGAUCUUCCAUGGCACUUCUAUGCGCUAGCCCUGGAGACCAUUGCCCUACAGGCAGGACGUUUCCAGGCCGAGUUCCGUGCCGAAUUGGGCGAGGUGCUGUAUCCAAUCUUGCACCAACUCGGAAGCUCAAAUCCCGCCCUCCGUGAACAUUCCAUUACCUGUCUGAAUAUUGUAUCAGACGCAUCCGGUUACUCCAGUGCCCAACGCUUAGUCAUCGACAACGUUGACUACGUUGUCAAUGCUGUAGGCCUGAAGCUCGCUGUUGGCGACGUCUCACCUCAGGCACCGCAGGUUUUGUUGAUGAUGAUGCGGCUGUGUGGCCCUUCGCUUCUACCAUACCUAGACGAUUUGGUUGGGAGCAUAUUUGAGGCCCUAGAACGAUAUCACGGCUAUCCAAGGCUUGUUGAGCUGCUAUUCUCUGUGCUGAAAGGCAUGACAGAAGAAGGCGUGAAAGCACCACCGCUUGCUAUCGAAGCGCCGGGGCCUUUGAACACAACUACGGUAGGCUACGCAGACAUUCCAAUAACGGAUGUCACAUCCACACUCGGACACAUACGAUCCGACAGGACCAGGCGCGCACACGAAGCUACACAGGAGGUGCCCAUCCCGUUCCCACAAACUCCUUGGACAGGAAACUCGGCCCCAGAUUCGGAACAUCCGGUGGACCAGCCAACACCCGAGAAGCUGGAACCACCGCCUCCCGCCCCAAGGACAUACCAUAUUCUUUUCACCAUCUCAGAACUCACACAACACUAUCUCACAUCACCGUCCCCCUCUCUGCGCAUGUCGCUCCUCACUCUUCUACAGACUACCCUUCCUGCACUGGCCAAACACGAGAACUCGUUCCUUCCAUUAAUCAACACCCUCUGGCCGGUGUUGCUUCCUAGGCUGCACGACUCAGAGGCGUAUAUUGUGUCAAGGGCCCUUGAAGUCAUCGGGGUGAUCUGCAAGCACGCUGGGACGUUUAUGCGGUCACGCAUCGAAAGCGCGUUUGACGUGCUGAAGAAAUUGCAUCGCCACACUCAAGAACGCCCAAACACUGACGCUAGUAAAGGCAAUCAGGGAGGAAAGCAUGAAGUUUCAAACCUCGACACCAUUGCUACAAGCUUCUCUUCCCUUGUCAUUGCUCCUGCCGCGUCCAACCCAGCACAACUCGACCGCCCAGAACUUUACAGGAGUACACCUGCGCGCAUGAUCUGGGCCGCUCUAGUCAGUUGUCUGUGUGCUGUUGCAUCACAUGUAUCGCUCCGGGACGAGCAGUUUGAAGAGGUGCUUGACAUACUUGAUCCGGUACUAUCUCGUCCGGAUGUGAAAUCCGCUAUAGAUAAGGUCAACGCAGACUCAGUCUGGCUGAGGCUGUAUAAAAAGCAAAGAUCAAGCCAAGAUAAAAAGGCGCAGAUUGUGCCGGAAGCACAGGGAAGAUGGGAAUUGAUUUGUAUAUAA